GAGGGAGUGAGAGCAUGCACAGUGUAUCCUUCCCUCUGUCCCUGUAGCAGGGCUGAACAAGAGCCAGGAAAAGGGGAAGGGCCUCCCUCUCCUCCUUUCCAGCUGACAAAAACAGCUGCCCAGGAGCCCUGGCUGGAGCCUGUUUAGAGGACAGAGAGGGAGAGAGGAGGAGGGAGGACAGAAGGAGAGAAGAAGAGAGGAGGAGGAGGAACAAGUCCCUGAGUCCAGGACCCAUCCACCUUUAUGGGUUGCGUCCUGAGUUCAGACUGGUGUGGGGAGGAAGAGGUGCAACCACUGCCGGUGGUCAGAAACUCAUCUCUGAAGAGAAGGAGCCUGGAGAGGAGUGAGAGUGGCAGGAUGAGGCUGACAAAGGGGGGGAAGGGAGAGCCCCACGUCUUCAAGGAAAAGAACUUCAAGAAGAAGCGGCAGUGCAGUGUGUGUCGUCAGAACGUUGACAACGUAGGGUCAUUCUGCAGAGUAUGCAAGACAGCCACCCACAGGAAGUGUGAGGCCAAGGUGACCUCUGCAUGUAUCCCAUCUCCCUCCAAUGAUCUGCAGCGUAGAGGGACCGCUCCUCGACAUACCCAGCACCUGGGGUCCACCAAGUCUCUGACCUAUACCAAACAGAGGAACACCCUGCCAAGGAGCUUCAGUGUGGACCGUGUGAUGGAUAGAGUGAUGGAGCGCCACUAUGACUUUGACCUGACCUACAUCACAGAGAGGAUCAUCUCUGUUUUCUUUCCCCCGAAACUGGAGGAGCAGAGAUACCGUCUCAACCUGAAGGAAGUGGCUGCCAUGCUGAAGUCCAAACACCAGGACAAGUUUCUGCUCCUGAACCUCUCUGAGAGACGUCACGAUAUCACCCGACUGAAUCCAAAGGUUCAUGACUUUGGCUGGCCAGACCUCCAUGCCCCACCACUGGAUAAGAUCUGUGCCAUCUGUAAAGCCAUGGAGACGUGGUUGAUCUCUGACCCCCAGCACGUGGUGGUCCUGCACUGCAAGGGCAAUAAAGGUAAAACGGGCGUGAUUAUUGCGGCCUACAUGCAUUACAGCAAAAUCUCCGCAGGGGCGGACCAGGCUCUCAGUACUCUCGCCAUGAGGAAGUUCUGUGAAGAUAAGGUGUCCUCUUCCCUUCAGCCUUCCCAAAACAGGUAUAUCUAUUACUUUGGGGGACUUCUCUCCGGGGCGAUAAAGAUGAACAGCAGCCCUCUCUUCCUCCACCAAGUUCUCAUCCCAUCACUCCCCAACUUCCAGGGCGAAGGAGGUUACUAUCCCUUCUUGAAGAUCUACCAGGCCAUGCAGCUGGUAUACACUUCAGGCAUAUAUGACCUUCAAGGCACUGGAGGCAGGCGCCUUUGUGUGACCAUUGAACCAGCACUGCUGCUAAAGGGUGACAUCAUGGUCAAAUGCUACCACAGGCGAGCCCAGAGUGCUGACAGGGAUACCGUGUUCAGGUUGCAGUUUCACACCUGCACUAUCCACGGAUCCCAACUCUGGUUUGGCAAAGGGGAGUUGGAUGAAGCUUGUACUGAUGAACGUUUUCCAUCUGAUGCCACAGUGGAGUUUGUCUUCUCCUCUGGUCCUGAGAAAAUCAAAGGCCGAGAGUACCAGAAGAAUGACCCUGCUGUCACAGUUGACUACAACACUGCUGACCCAGUGGUUCGCUGGGAUUCCUAUGAGAACUUUAACCAGCGAUACCAGGACAGCCUGGAGGAUAUUGCCCACACCAGAGGCCCUCUAGACGGCAGUCUGUACGCUCAGAUAAAAAAGCGCAGAGGUCCCAGCUCUGGUUCUCUCAGCUCAACCAAUGGCAGCAACACAGCGGGAGGCCUCGCAGAAGAUAGGCCAGAUCAUCUCAUUGCUCAAAGUUCUGACUAUUUGAACCAAUCAUCUAUCCAUCCUGACCGCCAGGAGGAGCCUAUACGCCCACUGCCCCCAACCAGACAGGAGAGAGAGGAGCUUGAACGUCUUCUUGGAGGAAUAGAGGGAACUCGAGACGGAGAGCGAGAAACUGCCAUCUUAGACGAUGGAGAUUCUUUGCCCUCUGGGACGCUGAGGCUCAGUCGGUCCUGCUCCUGCCGGGAUGGUUACAGGUCCCAGCGCUGUGCUGAGCCUGGCUGUGACCGCACCCUCCUCAUGCCUAAUGGUUACUGCCUCGAUCGGGCUCCUGGCACCAAUGGGCACCACGGGGCGACUCCUUCUGCCAGCCCUAACCCUGCUGCCCCUCCGUCACAUAUGGAUCUGUGCCAGCACUACAGCCCCCACUCCCACCAGUCCCUUCCACCUCCAGACCUGGUGUGGGACCGCCAGAGCGGCCCUCCUCACUACCUACACCGCUCCUGCUCGGAAGCUCCCUCGUCUCGACAUAUGUGUCCCUACCAAUCACCUGACCUUACCCCUCACUCUCACAACCACCCGCAUCACCAUCCUCUGCCUGCCCCAGGUCGCCUCUACUGUCGAGAAGAAGACUACGGUCCUUAUCACCACCCUUCUGCACCUCACAGCCACCACCAUGGCCACUCACACCAUCCCAAACCCUCCACCAGCCCUACCUACCAUGAUAUAAUGCUAAUUGAUGGUCUACCACCACCUGGCUGCCCUUGCAGAGACUGCAGCAUCAGGAGAGAAGACUCUGCAGCUUAUCACAGCCUGAGACUGGACCGAAAUGACAGCUUCCACUGGGACAGAGAAGCAGAGCUUCAGCAGAGGGAGGUGGGGCUUAGGAGAGCGAGAGAGGCAGAGUUACCCAGAGGGUCAGAGCACCACUGGGAGAGGGAUCCUGGCCUGAGACGAGGCAGAGAAAUGUCUCUCCACUGGGAGAGAGACAGGGAGGCUGAGCUGCAGUGGGAGAGGGACAGAGAGGCUGAGUAUUGGCACAGGAGGGCCACUGUAGCCUCCUACGGCCCACAAGGUCACGAACUUCCAGCCUUCACAUUUGACCCCUUGCCAUCAGGUCACCCAGCUCAUCCAGAGGCGUCGAGGUCCCAUGCUCAUUCCCACUUGGACCUGAAGUAUAGCAGCAGCAGCAGCGGUUACCAAACGCCCCGCCAGGUGUGUCCCUGCUCACCUUACCAGCCCUCACCGUCUGAAAGCAGGGGCUACGCCUCAGGCUACCAGUCUGAGUCCACAUCCCCGCUGCCUCCAGCUUCCUCCAUGACGGGGCCUUGUAGCCAUGGUAACGGGCCAGCAGAGCAUAACCAACACCAUUACCAUCCAGACUCACAACAGUCAUAUGGCUCUGACUCACACACUGAUGGCUUACGGAGCUCUGGUGAAAGUGUGGGCUGGAGGGAUCACAUUGCCCAUGGUUCCUUCAGAAGAGUCCACAGAGAUGGCCAUGCUGCAUGCUCCACGCCGUCUGACAUGUCUGGCCCACCCACUCCUGUCCACACCAGCAGUCCUUUACGCUCACAAGAAAGCCCUAGUCCAGGAGUGAGAGAGGAUGAGAUCCGGACCACAGACAUCAUCAGCAGUGACUGUGAGGCUUCCCAGCCCCAAGAUGGACACUAUCGUGAUAUUAAUCUCCAGGAAUCCCCAGAAAAUCAAAGAAGCAGCACAGAGCCAUCAUCCAAAGACACACAGUCACAUACAAACAUAUCUAAGCAAACAGAACCUCACAACCACUGCACUGCGCCAACAGACCCAUCCCCCGCCACUCCCCAACAGCAGCACUGUAGCCAAGCUAGACCAUCAGCUUCGACAGCACAAAACACCUCUUCUUUUGAGUCUGCAACAAUGACCACAUCAAACCAGGGACUCUGCCAGACUCCUUCAUCUCCUGUUCAUACUUCAUCUACUUACUCCCAGCCUGGUCCUGUCACUCCCCAGACCCCCCAUCCUUCAGAGGCUGCUGCUCUGCCUUCCACUGUGGCACAGGCAAUAUCCCAGCCUCAGAGCCAGACCCAAACACAAGCCUCUGAAUUGACAAGACCAGCUCCAUCACAGGUUGUCACAUCCUCUCCAACCAGAGAACCUCAGCCAGAAACCCCCAAACCCACCAGCCCCACUCCCACUCCCACAUCUGCCCCUGCAUCUCCAACAACAUCUUCAUCAUCACCUUCCCAGCCCAUCUCCAGUAGUAUGGAGGGCUCCCCGGGCUCUGAUGCCCCAGUUCCUGGCUUUGCCACACUAGGUAGGAGGUUAAUGUUGAGCGGAUCUGACCCCCAUCACCUGAACCACAUCCAGCAGCAUGGACAGCCACACCACCACUACCCAGGCGUGGAGCAUGGUGCUACUGGACACUCUCCUGGUCUGGAAACUAACAAGAGGCCUUGCUACUCUAGUCUCAAUCCUCAGCUCCACCCAUCCUCCUCCUCCAACUAUUCUACCAUCUCCAUCCCUCUUCCUCACCCCCAGCCGCCUUUGCCAGAGAAACGCCACCCACAUACCCAGUCAGGUUCACCCAAUGAUGGGGUGGGAACUCUGCGUCCAGCUGUGGGCCAUGUGCCUCCCUCUACCGCCAGCACCGGCCAGCAUCAACACCAUGUCACAUUCUCUCCCACUGUAGGGGAAAUUGCACCUCCUGGGGGUCAAAAUGAUGGAGAGAUAUCUGUGGAUGCUGAGAAUGCAAACAGAGUCAGUGUGAAGUUUGUUCAGGACAGCUCAAAGUUCUGGUACAAGCCUAGCAUCUCAAGAGAGCAAGCAAUUGCAGCUCUGAAGGAGAGAGAGCCAGGAACCUUCCUGAUCAGGGACAGUAACUCUUUCCAGGGGGCCUACGGCCUCGCCCUGAAGGUGGCUACACCUCCUCCAAAUGUCAACAACCACAACAGCAAAGUAAGUGACCCUUUGGAACAGCUGGUCAGACACUUUCUAAUAGAAACAGGCCCUCGAGGAGUCAAGAUCAAAGGCUGUCAGAAUGAGCCCUACUUUGGGAGUCUCUCUGCGUUAGUCUACCAACAUGCCAUCACACCCAUCUCUCUGCCCUGUGCUCUUAAGAUCCUAGAAAAAGAUCUGAUAGGAGAGGUGCCGGAGGUUCAGCCAGUGACUAACAUCAGCACGGCUGCUGACCUGCUGAAACAAGGAGCAGCCUGUAACGUCCUCUACCUGAACUCUGUGGAAACAGAGUCUCUGACCGGCCCCCAGGCCAUCGCCAAGGCAACAGAUGCUACCUUAGGUCGCAACCCGCGUCCCGCUGCCACUGUAGUGCAGUUCAAGGUGACAUCACAGGGCAUCACACUGACUGACAGUCAGCGCAGGGUUUUCUUCAGGAGACAUUACCCAGUGAACAGCGUUACUUUCAGCAGCAUCGACCCUAAGGACAGGAGGUGGACUAACUCAGACAACACAACUGUUAAGGUGUUUGGGUUCGUAGCCAAGAAGCCGGGCAGCUUGGCAGAGAACGUUUGCCACCUGUUUGCUGAGUUGGACCCUGAACAACCUGCCUCUGCCAUCGUCAACUUUAUCAACAAGGUCAUGCUGUCGCCGCGUCGAUAGAGGGAGACAAAGAGAGGAAACCAAACUUAGAGUGGACAGGCAGUCACAUGCAGCAGAAAGUGCUGACAAGGCUUUUAUUGUACAGUGAUGGCUUAGUGCCAGUUCUAGUGUUUUCUGAAUCUACUACCACCUUUAUCCAUCAACUGUUUUUUUAAAGAAAAAAAAAACAGUUUAAAGGCAGUGAAAAAUCUUAGUCCAUGAUUCCAGUUGAUGGUUUUUCGUCAAUACCAAUAGACAGUGUAAGUGGAAGAAGUUUCCAGGUCUUCCACACCAAUGUGGAAGUGUCUUAAACCUGCAUUCUUUCUAAUGGCCAGCAGGGGGUGACUACAUCGGUUUCAAAAAGAAGCCUCAUGAUGUGUAAACCUAUGAGAAAAUCACCCUACUUCUCACUUGAUUACCCCAGUAAACAGUUUAAUUACUCUAUGGUCUCAGUCACUAGUUUCAAGUUUUCUUUGAUAUUGCAUGUUGUUCAUUUUGUAAAUUUACAAUUUACAGUAAAAUGAGCCAUCAACUAUAGUAGAGUAUGCUUUGGGGUGUGGCUACCUUGUGAUUGACAAGUAUCCAUUUCUCAGUAAGAUCCAGUCAGCAUUCUGUGAUUCAGAUAUGGUCUCUGGCUCCAAAAAACAAGAUGGCAAUGACCAUAAAGUCAAACUCGAGGCUUCAAAAUACUAGUGCACAAACGACUGGGUUUGCCAUCGACCUGCUGCUCUCCAUUAUUUAUUAUGCAGUCUAUGACAGUACCCUUCUUUCUAAAGGGUUGGUAGACAAUAUAACACUACAUUUCAAUUUUCUAACAUAGUUAAAGGCAUAAUAUGUAGAAUAUUUUGGUUACUGUCUGUAAACACAGAAUUCAAAGUUGGCCGAUCGUGUACAGCUCAGUAGUUGAGAAAGAGAUCAGCUGUAGACCAGUGAGAUACUGGACUACAGCUGUAGUGUGAGUGAGAGGAAGGGGUGAUGCCCAGAAACAACCCCACACAGCAAAGAACCGAGAAAAUGAGGAAAUACAGACAAAGGGCAAAGUCUCUGCAGAAACAGACACCAUCACACACUUCAAGAGGGAUGAUGGAGAGAAAUUACUUUAAUAUGAGUCUGUGCAUUGUUUUGUGUAGGAAGUUGCUGCAUAUUAUGCCUUUAAGUAUAGUCGCUUUAAAAAAAAUAAAAAAUAAAAAACAAAGCCAUGAUGUAUGAUGUUACAACACGGAGGAUUCAGAGAAAACUUUGAAAGUGAAGUUCCAAGAAAAAUGAAACUUCUCAAUGUACCAGGGGCCUGUAUCAAGAGGUAAGAUUACUGGGUUAUUCUGAUGUCUUUGGCCACAACUCAGGUUCUCUGGUAUCAUGAAGCUGGCUCACCUGCUUCCACAUCAAUAUCUGUCAACAUGAUCCUGACAGAGAAAAGUGUAAAAUACAGCAGCAUGAAAUACAUGCUGCUGCAGAAACUUUUUUGUAUCCACUCAGGACUUAAGACCAACCGAGAUGUUAACAGGACCAACAAAUUACAGUUACAGAUGUGAAGUAACACAUGCACAUUGUUGCACAUGUACUUAACUUUUUACUACUGUAAUUAUCACUUAUUCAGAAUACUAUGGGAAGAUUGUGGAUUACCUAUUUAUUUUCCAGACUCAUUCUAGGUGACAUAACAUGUUGAAAAUGAAGAAUGUAUUUAAAACGGUUCAACGGUUCCUACACUAGUUACAGCCAUAGCCUUACUUCUAAUGUUUGAGUACACGUGAAUAUAUUUUAUCUUUCAGUCAUGAUAGGGAUGGGAUCAAGCAUAAAUAUACAAUUUUGUAUCAGCAGUUUUUGGUAUUUUACAUGAGAUUUUAGUAUUUCUGUUUGUAUUUGUAAAAAUAAAAAAAAGGUUAUGUCACAUAGUUCAAUGCAUUUUAAUUCAGUGACAGUUGGAGAGUUUGUGAGCUACAUCUGAUCAAACCCCAUCCACACAGGUAGACCUCAGUGUUAUCUGAGUGAAUACCUGAAGUUGUGUUUUCUAAACAUUGAUUUUAGUCUUGGUAUUAGAGAAAUACACUGUGGGCAAGUAAUAACCAGCUUCAUGGUACCAGUUAUCCGGGGUCAGUGAAGCUCAAAGAGUGCCAGACUAAGUGAAACUGGCUUCAUAAAUACAGCUUGUAUCAUCUUGGUCAGACUGGUGAUGAGUGUAACAAUUGUUAGUAGUGCCAAGAGCAGCUUUAAGGAUGCACACAGAGUAAUUACAAAGAGGAUCUUUCCUUGCACUGUUAUGGGCCAGCAAAGCCCAAUUAAUGUUCAAAACUUAGACAUAAUAGCUGCCUUUAAAAACUGCAGGUGUUUAUAUUUUGUAUUGUUACAAAAUCCCUUAUUUUUCUUUGUACAAAAAGUGACCAAAGCCCUGAUGAUGUAAUUCAGUUUCCUUAUCUUGUGAUGUUCAGGUAUUCAGAUGUGUGUAUAGCAUAUUUACAGCCACUCUUGCCUUCCACCCUACAACAGCACUUUUUUUUUCUGUGUAACGCAUUUAAUCAUAAUGGACAAUCGUGUUUUGCUUUUUUAUUUUUUUCCACUCACAUGCACUUAAUAUGAGAGAGAGAGAGACAUAACUGAUGAAAGUAAACGUGAAUGUGACCUUUUUAACUUUUAAUGAGAGUAUGUGCGGGGGAAUGGCGGGCGUUCGUGCAUGUCGAGGGUAUUUAGGUGAAUACGUUGGGUGUUGUUACGUCCAUUUUAAAAGAAACGUAUGUGGAAAUUGGGGGGAAACGCUAGAUGGGGAAGGACGUAGUGUUAAAUCACACCGUUGCCGUGAAACGUUUGGUGUUCACCCGCUGCUCCACGUCUGACAACAAAAUUCAUUAUAAAAAUUUUACACACAGUGAAGGCAGUGGCCAAAGACAGACAUGCUUAACCAAAGACAAAGCACUCUUGUAUUAAUAAGCUUUAUAUCCAGCUAUAUUUUUGUACUUAUUGCUUCUUGUAUUUUUACUAUGCAUUCAUUUAGUGUGUUGCCUUGUUUGGAUAAAAACCAAGAAAAACACUACUUGUAUUACAGCGAUAAUAUAUUGUGGUCUGUUUUCUUGUUGUUCUCUAUAUUAUGUAGUAAUAUAUUUUCACAUGCAGCUAUAGGACAGUGUAUGAGACAUAAAAAGGAAACAUUUGUCUGUUUAAAAAGGAUAUUAUGCUGUUUUGUAUGCAAAAAAAAAAAAGAAUAGAAAUAAACUGAAAUGAUGUGGUACCUGAA